AUGCCCAACUACCACCUAGAGAGAGACACAGAACGUCUGCUGCUAGGAAAGCAUGAGACACAGGGAGUUCCCAGUCAACAGGAUGGCUCAUGUGACACUCUGGUCCCAGGUAUUAAAAAGGAACCAAGCUAUGCUUUGGAGUACCAAGGUGACGUGGGAAGUAAACUUGGUCCUGCCUAUCCAUUUGCCAGCUACAAAUCGGCACUUCUUCUUCAUCCUCCUGCAUCUUCUGUGCAGUGUUUUGAGAGGGACAGGCCUGAGAGAGGGGAAAGCCAGCAUAUAAGGCCCUUCAUUCUGCACCAUGUUUGUACUGUGCAGGGAGAGGCAGCAGCAACAGAAGCAGAAGGUCCAUUGUCAUUACUCACUAUUUCAAGGACAGCAGGCAGCAGGUGCCCGCGCUUCAGUCAUAACAGCUUGGGGGGUGGGCGUUCCCAAACUAAUAGAGAGCCUCUCUGUUCUCAGCUUCAGCAUGUACCUCGGCAAAUAAUGGUCAGGUCUCUGCCAAUGCCUCUUGGGCAAGAUAUACAGCAAGGAGCUGCAGAGCAACCCAGUUCCCAAAUGCAGCAGCUUUGGAAUGAAGUGUCUACAAAGGUCAACUGCUGGGACCAAGAAUGUGGCUCUAGGAAAUGAUUCUAAGCUUCUGAAAUAAUAGCCAUAGGUCAUCCCAUAGUCAUCCACACAGCAGCUGAAGGCAAAGCCCUCUCCAGGGCCCGCCAAUACUGCCUUUGGGAAAACUCCAAGAGCUGCUGAUCCUUUCUGGUAGGGUAGCCGUGCCCAGCAGUGUUAUAGCCCCUAACCAACAGCUUAUAGCGAUGUGUAGAAAGCUGGGCUGGAGUAUGGAACACAAAACCAACAAACACAAUAGCAGCAAGACAACCAUCCAACAGAAGUUGCUGAAUCCAAAGCAAUUACAAGCAACAUGAAGGGCACAACUGCAGUAGCCUUUGGAUGAGAAGGCCUACAAGGCUGCUGUUGCAAAGCUCUCUACUCCGUGGAGCCAGGGCAGCAGCUGUAUGUCUUCCUGCAGCCAGUUUCACUGAAGCCCUGACUGUGAAGGACCAACAACUUCAGUUGGUCUCCAUACAUCUGGAAGCAGCCCCUUCACUGAGGCCUCUUGAACUUUCUCCAGUUAAGGUAGGAACUUCCAAUGGAGCUGCAGGCCAGGCUGUUGCACUCUAAAGAGCCCCAGGAGGAUGUUGGAUCAGCUGUGCAGCCCACAGCAUCCCUUUAGCUGAGAGCUGGUGCGUGGGACUCAAGUGUUGUGACCAAGUCACCUGUGGAUGUGGAGCAACAAGAUGUCACAAGAUCUGGGAGUACCCAGUGGAGCAUCUGAAUGCCACAUUGGUAACCUGAGUUUUUGAGGAAAAGCCUGGCGUCUGUGAACCUCUAUCUUUAAAAUGGUUUUCAUAAUU